AUGGGGCGUGGUGGCGGCGGGGGCUCCUCCUCAUCGCUGGAGUUCACGCCGACGUGGAUCGUCGCGGGGGUCUGCUCCCUCAUCGUGGUCAUCUCCCUCGCCGUCGAGAGGUUCCUCCAUUACAUCGGCAAGACACUGAAGAAGAAGCACCAGAAGGCGCUGUUCGAGGCUCUCCUCAAGGUGAAAGAAGAGCUGAUGCUUCUGGGGUUCAUCUCCCUUCUGCUCACGGUUUCCCAAGGGGUGAUCCAGAGGACGUGUAUUCCUCCCAGCUGGACCAACUACAUGCUGCCCUGCAAGAAGAUGGACGCGCAUACUGUCUCUGCUAAGGUUCUCGCCCUUGGCGUCCGGCGGCUGCUUUCCGACAGAGGACCGCGGUCUGAGCAUUGCCAAAACAAGGGAAAAGUUCCUUUGCUGUCGCCUGAUGCGCUACAUCAGUUGCAUAUUUUCAUUUUUGUUCUGGCUAUCACCCAUGUGAUUCUCAGUGCUGUAACUAUGUUUUUAGGAGGAGAAAAGAUUCGUCACUGGAAACGAUGGGAGGAUGAAAUUGAGAAAAAUGCAGGAAACGGAUCUAAGAAGUUAACCCAUGUUCAACAAUUUGAAUUUAUCAGGGAAAAUUUUAAUGGCGUCGGCAAAGAAUCAAUGAUAUUAAGCUGGAUGCAUUCAUUUGCUAAGCAGUUUUAUGCCUCUGUUACUAAAUCGGACUACACAACAAUGCGACUUGGUUUCAUCAUGACACACUGCCGAGGAAACCCAAAGUUUCAUUUUCACCGAUACAUGGUACGUGCUUUAGAGGCUGAUUUCAAGAAGGUGGUUGGCAUAAGGUGGUACUUGUGGAUAUUUGUUGUGAUAUUCAUGUUGCUGAAUGUUAAUGGUUUGCACACCUACUUUUGGAUCUCCUUCAUUCCCCUUAUUCUUCUGCUGGCUGUUGGCACCAAGCUGGAGCACGUCAUAGCUCAGCUGGCCCAUGAGGUCGCCGAGAAGCACUCGGCAAUCGAGGGCGACUUGGUCGUCAAUCCAUCAGACGAACACUUCUGGUGCGCACGGCCGAGGGUGAUUCUGUACCUGAUCCACUUCAUCCUCUUCCAGAACGCGUUCGAGAUCGCGCUCUUCUUCUGGAUGCUGACUACCUACGGCUUCAACUCCUGCAUCAUGGACCACGUCCCUUUAAUCGUGCCGAGGCUUGUCAUCGGGGUCGUUAUUCAACUCCUCUGCAGCUACAGCACCUUGCCUCUAUAUGCAAUUGUCACCCAGAUGGGGACAUUCUUCAAAAAGGAGAUCUUCGACGAGCACAUCCAGCAGGGGCUGGUUGGGUGGGCGCAGAAGGCCAAGAGGAGGACAGAAUCUAUCAAGGAUAGCGCCGGUGGUGGCACGCACGGGCCUUCCUCUGGUCUGGAAAUGCUGCGGCGAGCCGCCGCUGCAAUACAGGGCUCUCGAGCUCCGCAAAGGUAG